AUGACCCAAAUAGCGGCCUUGGAGACGCAACAUAAAGACACCCUAGACGACGACGCAUACAGACGCCUGACGGCGGUCAGGGCGAAACUACAAUUAUGCCUCACGGCCAAGAUCCAAUUCCAAUUUCGGCUAGCCCAGAAAGCGUUCUAUGAACACGCUAAUAAAUGUAGCAAAAUGCUAGCUAGAGCCCUACGCGCCAAAUGA